UUUCUCUCCAUAUAUAUACACACAGAUAUGUCAAUAUUCGUAUAGACAAAGUUUUCUAAAUUGAACUAUCUAAACAUACCAAGAAGGAAAAAGAUUCAUAUAUCAACAAAAAGGUGGUGCAAUGGUAAGAAAAAGAUAUAUGUUUCUUAUUGUUUUGAACACAUUCUUGAUCCUUUUUCAUCCAACCCUUUCGGACGAUAAAAUACCAAUCCCUAAAGACCCAAAACAAGUGCAAAAGUGGUUUAAGGAUAACGUAAAACCAUUGAAUGCCCGUAAAGGGACCCUUGAUCCGGAACUCGUGGCUGCAGAAGCCAAGCCACGGGUCAUAAAAGUCAUGAAAAAGGGGGAUGGUGAUUUUACGACGAUAAAAGAAGCUGUAAACAGCAUUCCUCCUAAAAACAAACAAAGGGUUAUUAUAUUUAUCGGGCCAGGGGAAUACCCUGAGAAGAUUAAGUUGGAGAGGGAUAAGAAGUUUGUUACGUUCUUGGGCGAUCCAAAGAAAAUGCCUACGUUGGUAUUUAAUGGAAAUGCGGCAACUUAUACCACCGUUGAAAGCGGAACAUUAACAGUUGAUGGUGAUUAUUUCGUUGCUGCUAAUCUGCAUAUUAAGAAUUCUAGCCCAAGACCUGAUGGUAAAAUGAAAGGAAGUCAAGCGGCAGCAAUGAGGAUUGGAGGGGACAUGGCUACGUUUUACAACGUUAGAUUUUACGGGUUUCAAGAUACCUUCUGUGACGAUCGUGGUAGACAUUUCUUCAAAGAUUGUUAUAUAGAAGGCACUGCUGAUUUCAUCUUUGGUAAUGCAAAAUCUCUCUAUCUGAACACAGAGAUUCAUUGCAUUUCAGGAGAACUACAGUCAUGGAUAACCGCAAAUGCUCGAGAAAUGGCUGAAUCAGAAACCGGGUAUGUCUUCGUGCAUUGCCCGGUCACUGGGGUGGGACAAGGUUGGUUCUUAGGAAGAGCAUGGAAGAGGUUUUCAAAGGUGGUUUUUGCUUACUCGGAUUUGGGCCGUCUUGUUGACCCUAAAGGAUGGAGCUCUAGCAAUCAACCUUCACCUAAAAAGAACCUAUUCUUCGCGGAAUAUAAGAACACAGGGCAAGGUUCUGAUAUGGUUGGGAGAGAAAAAUUUGUGAAGAAACUUACAGAUAAAGAAGCAGAGCCCUAUCUCAGACUUUCUUAUAUUGAGGCUUCCAAAUGGCUUCUUCCACCUCCCAAACUACCUCAACAUUAGUUUGAAGAUUUAGUGUAUACAUC